AUGCCGUCCACGCCACUCAUCAAGGGCCGUCUGGCCAAGGCCGUAGGCUACGACUCCGAUAAUCGAGAUGACGACGUCCCGUCAAUAUCGAACACGGAUCUGUUCAUCGAGGAAGAGCCCACCGUCGCGGAAUACCUUGCCGAGGUAACGCCCUCGUUCCGAGGUCUGGUCGAUUACUUGGUCAAUCUGUUCCCUUUUGUUCGCUGGAUCGGCAAGUACAAUCUGACUUGGCUGAUUGGCGACCUCGUUGCGGGUGAGCUGCUCCUUUGCUGUCUGGUCCUGAAGCUUAUCGGGCCGUGGCCAUGGCGCGGCAUUAAAUUUAAUCAUCAUUCAGGCAUUACCGUCGGCGCUGUUGUCGUUCCCCAGGGAAUGGCAUAUGCCCAGCUGGCUCAACUCGAUGUUGAAUAUGGACUGUACACGUCCUUCAUGGGAGUCUUAAUCUAUUGGUUCUUUGCUACUUCAAAAGACAUCACCAUCGGUCCCGUCGCCGUCAUGUCUCAGGUUACUGGAAAUAUCGUCCUCAAAGCCAAGGAUGAACUCCCCAACGUUCCCGGCCACGUUGUCGCAUCUGCGCUUGCCAUCAUCACGGGAGCCAUCAUUCUUUUCCUCGGGCUCGCUCGCCUUGGCUGGCUUGUCGAGUUCAUCUCGCUCCCGGCCAUUUGCGCUUUCAUGACGGGAUCUGCCGUCAACAUCAUCGCCGGCCAGGUUCCCAAGUUGAUGGGCAUCGGCGGCGUCAAUACCAGAGACGCGCCGUACCUGGUCAUUAUCAAUAGCUUGAAGGGCCUGCCAACCACCAAGCUGGACGCCGCGCUCGGUCUGACGGCUCUGUCGAUGUUGUAUCUGAUUCGAGGAGCUUGUUCCUUCCUGUCCAAGAAGCAGCCCCAGCGUGCCAAGACGUAUUUCUUCCUCUCGACUCUUCGCACCGUCUUCGUCAUCUUGUUGUACACUGCCAUCAGUGCCGGUGUCAACGUCAGCCACAAGAAGAAGCCGAGCUUCAGUCUCAUCAAGGACGUACCCCGAGGCUUUCAACAUACUGCUGUUCCAGCUGUGAACGUGUCAAUCAUCCAAGCAUUUGCCUCGGAGAUCCCUGCUGCUGUCAUCGUCAUGCUCAUUGAACACAUCUCCAUCUCCAAGUCUUUUGGCCGCAUCAACAACUACGUUAUUGAUCCGUCGCAGGAGCUCGUUGCCAUCGGUGUUACCAAUCUGCUUGGCCCGUUCCUUGGCGCUUACCCUGCGACUGGAUCCUUCUCGAGAACCGCCAUCAAGUCCAAGGCUGGUGUUCGGACCCCCUUUGCCGGUGUGAUUACGGCUCUAGUCGUGUUGCUGGCCUUGUAUGCGCUGCCUGCAGUGUUCUACUACAUCCCCAACGCCGCACUUGCCGCCGUCAUCAUCCACGCCGUGGGCGAUGUCAUCACCCCCCCAAAAGUCAUCUUCCACUUUUGGCGAGUCUCUCCGUUGGAGGUGCCCAUAUUCCUGGCUGGAGUGCUGGUGACGGUGUUCACGACGAUUGAAAAUGGGAUCUACACGACCAUGGCCGUCUCUGCCGCCGUGCUGGUUUGGCGCCUGUUCCUGAGCCGCGGCAGGGUUCUCGGCGUUGCCCGCAUUCGCACGGCGACAGCCCGCCAGGACCUGAAGCAGGCUGGCGACUCUGCCUUUGCCGAAGAGUCGGGAGAGUCGCUGAGAAAGGGGUUCCUGCCUCUUGACCACGAAGAUGGAUCCAACCCCAGAGUGGUGGUCAAGAGCCCUCAUCCCGGUGUCUACAUUUACCGAUUCGCGGAAGGCUUCAACUACCCCAACGCGAGCCGAUAUCUGAACCACCUCACCGAAGUCAUCUUUGCGGAAACCCGGCGGACAGACCCCACGCUGCUGGGGAAGUUAGGGGACCGCGCCUGGAACGACAGUUCACCGCGCAACCAGGAUGCUGACCUGGUUGACACGCGGCCAACUCUGAAAGCCGUCAUACUCGACUUCUCCUCAGUCAACAACAUCGACGUGACCGCCGCGCAAGCCUUGAUCGACGUGCGCAACCAGCUGGAUCGCUACGCCGCCCCCGACGCGGUGGACUGGCAUUUCGCCAACAUUGAGAACCGAUGGACCAAGAGAGCGCUGGCGGCAGCCGGCUUUGGAUUCCGGUCUCCCAGGCCGGCUCCCGGAGAGGGCGCCGCGCACUGGAAGACCAUCUUUAGCAUUGCCGACCUGGGAGGAUCCGACAGCGCGUCCAGGGCGGCCGAGGCAGCUGAGAUGGGCGAAAAGAAGUCGGUCCGCGAGUAUGACGUUGAACAAGCCGCAUCGGACAUAUCACAGCCCUCAGACAAGGACGUGCCUCGGAACCCGGGCAGUGCAAAGUUGGUGGCCGUCCAGGGACUGAACCGGCCUUAUUUCCAUUUUGAUUUGCAAGAGGCUGUCGAGUCGGCGAUUGCGAAUUCGGAGCGGGAGCGAUGA